AUGAAAGGCAUCUUCGGCCUUUCGCUGCUGCCGCUGCUGGCCGUUGCGUCACCGAUCAUCCCCAGCUCCAUCCACAACGGAGCCGCUCCCAUCCUCUCCUCCUCCAACGCCGAGGAAAUCCCAGACUCGUAUAUCAUUGUUUUCAAGAACCAUGUAGACUCGGCCUCGGCUGCCGCUCACCAGACCUGGGUGCAGGACAUCCACAUGCAGCACAAUGAGCUCCGAAAGCGUUCCUUCCCUUUCACCGGAGGCCUCUUCCAGGGUCUCAAGAACUCCUUUGACAUUGCCGGUUCCUUGCUGGGAUACACUGGCCACUUCGAUGAAAACGUGAUCGACGCCAUCCGUCGCCAUCCUGAUGUCGAAUACAUCGAGAAAGACUCGCUUGUCCACACCAUGGAAGACCCCUCGGUAGAGAAGAAUGCUCCCUGGGGUCUGGCUCGUAUCUCUCACCGGGACUCGUUGAGCUUCGGAACCUUCAACAAGUACCUCUAUGCUGCUGAAGGCGGUGAGGGUGUCGAUGUUUACGUCAUCGACACCGGCACCAACACCGACCACGUUGACUUUGAGGGCCGCGCUUCCUGGGGCAAGACUAUCCCUGCCGGUGAUGCCGAUGAAGAUGGCAACGGACACGGCACCCACUGCUCUGGAACCAUUGCUGGCAAGAAGUAUGGUGUCGCCAAGAAGGCCAACGUCUACGCUGUCAAGGUUCUGCGCUCCAACGGCUCCGGCUCCAUGUCCGAUGUCGUCACCGGUGUUGAGUGGGCUGCUACCCAGCACAUCAAGAAGGUCAAGGAUGCCAAGGCUGGAAAGGCCAAGGGCUUCAAGGGCAGCGCUGCCAACAUGAGUCUUGGUGGCGGCAAGUCGGUCACUCUUGACAAGGCUGUUAACGCUGCCGUGGAUGCUGGUAUCCACUUUGCCGUCGCUGCUGGUAACGACAACGCCGACUCCUGCAACUAUUCUCCUGCUGCCGCCGAGAAGGCCGUCACCGUCGGUGCCUCCACCUUGGCUGACGAGCGUGCUUACUUCUCCAACUACGGCAAGUGCAAUGACAUCUUUGCCCCUGGCCUGAACAUUCUGUCCACCUGGAUCGGCAGCAAGUACGCCGUUAACACCAUCUCUGGUACCUCGAUGGCUUCUCCUCACGUUGCCGGUCUUUUGGCCUACUACCUCUCCCUCCAACCCGCCAGCGACUCCGCUUUUGCCGUUGCUGAGAUCACCCCCAAGAAGCUGAAGGAGAGCUUGAUCUCUGUUGGCACUCAAGGUGCUCUGACCGAUGUUCCUUCCGACACUACCAACAUUCUCGCCUGGAACGGUGCCGGAAGCAACAACUUCACCGAGAUCAUCGCCAAGGGUGGCUACAAGGUCAAGAGUGUUGGCGAGCAGGUCGACGAGAUGAUCGUCAACGCUCAGGAAGUGAUGAACGAGGAGCUUGGUGCCAUCUACAGCCACAUCAAAGACGCUGUUGUCGCCUAA